AGUGGUGAAACUAUCGCAUUAACACUUGUUGUUUUGUGUACAGCUAGCUGAUGAGCCAUCAAGUAAAACAAGCUAAAUUUAAUUUGAAACGCAUGAUGACGUCAAACUUAACAGGGCACUGAAAUAAAAAGUCUUGCUAGAAAUGUUUACAUGUAGAUAGCCGGCGGUCAUCGCUGCUGCACGGACUGCUUAAACCCGGACUGCUGUGGAGCAGGGCUGCUUUAGCAGCCAGCCAAGAUGGACACCGCUGACGAAGCCGAUAUCUGCCGGGUAUGUCGGUCAGAGGGGACCCAGGACAAGCCCCUUUACCACCCUUGUGUUUGCACCGGCAGCAUCAAGUUCAUCCAUCAGGAAUGCUUACUGCAGUGGCUGAAACACAGUAGAAAAGAAUACUGUGAAUUAUGCAAACACAGGUUUGCAUUUACACCAAUCUAUUCUCCAGACAUGCCGUCUCGCCUGCCUGUGCAGGACAUCUUUGCAGGGCUGGUCACCAGUAUUGGAACAGCCAUCAGAUACUGGUUCCACUACACUCUGGUGGCCUUUGCCUGGCUAGGUGUGGUACCGCUCACAGCAUGUCGUAUCUACAAGUGUUUAUUUACCGGCUCCGUGAGCUCUCUCCUUACCCUGCCAUUAGAUAUGCUUUCAACGCAAAAUCUGCUUGCUGACUGCCUCCAAGGCUGUUUUGUGGUCACAUGCACACUAUGUGCCUUCAUCAGCCUGGUGUGGCUCAGAGAGCAGAUUGUGCAUGGAGGCGCUCCUCAGUGGUUAGAGCAAAAUCAACCCCCGCUGGUUCCUAAUCAGCCCAACGGCCCUGCACCAGCUAAUCAGGGUGUGGGCGGUAACGCUGCAGCCAAUGCUCAGGAUCCUGCAGAUGCUGAAGCUGCCCAGAAUCCUGCAGAGCUUGGUCCAGAUGGGCUGGCGCCUGCCAACGCGCACGAAGCUGGCGACCAUGAUGAGGCAGAACUGGAUGAUGAUGAAGACGAUGAUGACGAAGGGGAGGAUGACGACGAGGAAGAAGAGGAUGAGGAAGGGAGGGAGGAGGAUGCUGCUGAUGCCAAUAAUGGAGGACAAGAAGAUUUGAACUGGAAUGCACUGGAGUGGGACCGUGCAGCAGAGGAGCUGACCUGGGAGAGAAUGCUGGGGCUGGAUGGUUCCCUAGUUUUCUUGGAACAUGUGUUUUGGGUGGUGUCUCUCAACACACUCUUCAUUCUGGUCUUUGCAUUUUGCCCAUAUCACAUUGGUCACUUCUCAGUGGUUGGACUUGGUUUUGAAGACUAUAUCAAAGCGUCACACUUUGACGGCCUCAUCACUACCAUACUGGGGUACAUCCUCCUGGCUGGAGCCCUUAUUGUCUGCCAUGCCCUGGCUUCAUUAGUGAAGUUCCAGAGGUCCAGACGCCUGCUGGGUGUCUGCUACAUUGUUGUCAAGGUGUCCCUGCUGGUUGCCAUGGAGAUAGGCUUGUUCCCACUUAUUUGCGGCUGGUGGCUCGACAUUUGUUCACUGGAGAUGUUUGAUGCCACUCUGAAGGACAGGGAGCAGAGCUUUGACUCUGCUCCUGGCACCACCAUGUUCCUCCACUGGCUGGUCGGUAUGGUCUAUGUCUUCUACUUCGCCUCCUUCAUCCUUUUGCUCAGAGAGGUGCUCCGGCCAGGUGUGCUGUGGUUCUUGAGAAACCUGAACGAUCCAGACUUUAACCCAGUCCAAGAGAUGAUCCAUCUGCCCAUCUAUAGACACCUGCGGAGGUUCAUACUCUCUGUGGUGGUGUUUGGCUCCAUUGUUCUCCUGAUGCUUUGGCUUCCUAUCAGAAUCAUUAAGCUGCUCUUCCCAAACUUUCUUCCCUACAACGUCAUGCUUUAUAGUGACGCCCCGGUCAGCGAGCUGUCGUUGGAGCUGCUGCUGCUUCAGGUGGUUCUGCCAGCACUGUUGGAGCAGGGUCACACUCGCCAGUGGCUCAAGCGCCUCAUCCACGCCUGGACAUUCACAGCUGGAUAUGUGCUUGAUCUUCACUCCUACCUGCUGGGAGACCAUGAAGAAGAUGACAACCAACAAAAUAACCAUCCCGGUCGUGUUAACAACCACCGGAUCCCGGGCCUCGGGGAAGGGCUUCACGCUGCCCAUCAGGCUAUUCUGCAGCAGGGUGGCCCCGUUGGUUUCCAGCCGUACCACCGGCCCAUCAACUUCCCCCUAAAGAUCAUUCUGUUGGUUGUCUUCAUGUGUUUCACACUGUUAUUAGCAAGUCUGAUCUGCCUCACACUGCCAGUGUUUGUGGGUCGUUGGCUGAUGUCCUUCUGGAUGGGCAGCGCCAUGGUUCAUGAGCUGUACACAGCAGCCAGCGGUCUAUACGUCUGCUGGCUGUCUAUUCGAGCUGCCACAGUGUUGCUGUCUUGGAUGCCACAGGGACGGACGGUCAUCAUGCUCAAAGUCCACGAGUGGACGCUCAUGAUCCUUAAGACGGUGGUGGUAGCCCUGCUGUUAGCUGCGGUAAUUCCUCUGCUCUUGGGUCUGCUGUUUGAGCUGGUCAUUGUUGCUCCUCUCAGAGUGCCACUAGACCAGACGCCCCUCUUCUACCCCUGGCAGGACUGGGCGUUGGGUGUGCUUCAUGCUAAAAUCAUCGCUGCUAUAACACUGAUGGGCCCUCAGUGGUGGCUUAAAACUGUUAUUGAGCAGGUGUAUGCUAACGGUAUCAGAAAUAUUGACCUCCAUUUCAUUGUGCGUAGGCUGGCUGCCCCAGUCAUCUGUGUGCUGCUGCUGUGUCUUUGUUUGCCCUACACAGUCUCUAAAGGUGUAACACCACUGUUAGGAGUACAGCCAGAGAUGCAGACACUUGUGGAGAGGAGAAUCUAUCCGUUCCUGCUGAUGGUCUUCAUCCUGUUGGCCAUCCUGUCGUUUCAGAUACGACAGUUCAAACGCCUCUAUGAACACAUCAAAAAUGACAAGUACCUGGUUGGACAGCGACUGGUGAACUAUGAACGUAAGGCAGGCAGGAGCGUGUCCUCGUCCUCCUACAGCACCUCCUCAUAGACUCAACCGGGUUGUGGGAUCAGUGGAGGGCACUCACACUAGCCCACCACCAGUAGCCACCAUCAACAUAUUGCGGUGAAACCGCUUUUAUUUUCUUCCUGCUCGGCUGUCGGCUUCAAACGCAGCCUGUAAGCAGUGCAGCCGAGUCCUUUAAUUCGGCCCCACACACCGCAGUCGCAGGGACAGGUUAGAGAUGGAAGGCAGACGGAGCCUGAUCAUCAAACCUGCAGAAGCUGUCAGCGUGACUGAAACUCGUCAACUGUCCAUCCUGGUAAACGUUCAUGUCCAACGCAGCUGAAGUUUUCAUUUGUAUUUCACUUGUUUUUAAAAGGCUUUGUGUUGAAGUCAGAUUUUUUUACCUCAGACUGUGCUUCCCUUUGAGUGAAUGUUGUAAAAUAGUGUCUGGGUCACACUUUGUUUAGGCCUGUGCAUAACCACAACAAGAAUGCCUCUCUGUUCCUGUGUGCAUCAGCAAGUUUUCCUCACCUCCCUUUAUCAGAAUGAAGUAGUGAUGAGGAGAGACAUGAAUGACGUAGCAAUGUGAUUGUAUUUUUUUCUUUUUUAGUGUUUUUUAUUAGAUGUGUGUGUUCAUAGAUUUUUUUUUUUUUUUUUUUUAGUCUUGUGUAUUUCUUGGGUGAGCUGAUAGAUGACCCUUUGAGAAUGAGGGAAAAAUGAAAAUUGCAUUUCUUUAUGGCCACACUCGCCAAGGACGGGCUUUUUUUUUGUUUUGUUUUGUUUUUGAGGCAUGGGCCUGUAAGUUUGGACAUCAGUCUGAUUUUUAAAAUGAAGCAAAUUCACCUUCUAGAAAGGAGAGGGUCUAAACCUGAGAAUAGAAAAAGUCACAGCACAGAACAAAUGAGUUUUCAGCUCUCUCCAUUAAAUUUUAAAUGUUUUUCACACCCAAACGGCACGGGAGCACCGCAGGUGUUUGAGCUCAUUUCUGCAAAUGCUUCCAUCGAUGAGCAGAGGAUGACAUGCGGGCAAACUGUUUACACCAUGGCUGCCACCGGCUGCUUUGCAAGUGAUGUGACUGCAUUUCUUUAUGCUAAAACCCUGGACUGGGCUUUUUUACAUUUACCCACCCUGCAGCCUGAUUGGAGGAAAGGGUUUCAGUAGAGAAAGUGGGACAUAACUGGAGGCAAAAUGUUCUUCCCAGCUUAAUGUGGACUGGCUGUUGUGUUUUGGGGGGUUUUUUUGUUGUUGUUGUUUUUGUUUGUUUUUAGUACAUCACUCUUAGAGGGACUUGGAGAUGACAGAGCUGGCAGUGCUGCUAAUCAGCUACUCACACUAACCUGAAAAUCAGCUGUAUAAAAUAAGAAACAUGACUAAUGAAGUGAACUGGAAAACUCGAGCACCCCUCACACAGAGCCAGCUUGUGUCGGUGCUUUAUUUACUUCCUGAUUUACUUGCUCUGAUUAAUCAUGUAAUUGCUGUGACUUGCUAAGCUCAGUCAGGUCAUGACGUAGCACAUUUAAUCAAUUUAGUUACCAAGUAACACCCUAACGCUGGCUUCACAUUAAACUUUUGUCUAUUUCUGUAAGGUAGAUGGAGAUGGGCUCGUUGCAAUGUCUGAUGUGUUUAGUGUCUCCACUGAGAGACAGGUGCAGCUCGGCCAAUUGACUGUCACUGCAGCAGAAAUUGCUGAAUGGUGUAUCCAUAGAUUUUUAGUUUUUUGGCCCAUCACUGCAGCGUCCCUACAAUUGUGCUCCAUGCUCCUGUUGGUUAGUGCACCGCGGAGUGAGAGUUGGUUAAAGACAGUGUCGUCUGUUUACGGAAAAACUCUUCACAGCACAAGUGAGGGUGUAGGUUCCACAUCUUUUAGGUUACUGAGACGAGCUUUGACGGAGCUGAGAGUUUUCUGCAUCCCUAAUUUAAAAUGAGUUAACCUACAAAGUAGUUUUUAGCUUAGCUGUUACUAAAUAUUAUUAAGACUUCCAGGUGUUGCUGUUGCAUAGCUAACAUUAGGUAGAGCAGUUUGUGGUGAAGUAAAAGAGGGGUUUUGUUUUGUUUUCUUUCCGGGCACAUGAUGAAUAUGCUAGCUUCUCUGGCAGAAGAGGAGAGAAGAAAUGAGCUGAAACUGACCCGCAUUCACAUCUUCACCUGCUCACAGGUCCUUAAGGUGAUUUCAGAGGGUGAACGGAUUAUUCUCUCCAUUCUCAUGUAAGAAAUUCACUGUUAAUUGAAAAUAAGCCUUGAAUAGCAGGAAGCUGGAAGAAGAUUUCAGAAGGUGGCUCGUCCUCGAUUAUGUAACACUAACAUUCACCUCUGGUUGUUCUUGUGUCCUGCAUACUUAGUAUAGGCAUGCAUGAAAUGAGCAGACUGUAUCUGUAAACCAGCAUAAGUACUGCAAAGAAACUGUCUUAAAUUGAAAUGAGAAGUUUGAAUGACACCUGCAUGAUGCUGAUUUUUAUUUUGUAUUUCUGUGAAACUGGUUUGCAAUUUUAAGGAAUAGUUGAACAUUCUUUGAUGGGCUGGUUUCAUGAGAACAUUGAUACCACAGUAAAGUCAGAGAGUAGUGAGACUGUUAGCUUUAAGUCAAAUGGCAACAGACGCCACCCACUGCACCUGUAAAGGUUAAUGACUGAUUAAUAAAUUAAAUGUACAAUUUUUCAGUUUCACAAACUGGAACAAGUCACAAAAAAUGACUCUUUUAUGAAAAAGCCAACAUGUUCCAUGUGAUCUCCUUGUAUUUUCUUAGAUCACUAUACGUGUUGACUAAGUGCAGGGACGUCUGAAGACUGUAGGAGGUAUUCUCAUGUAACUUGUGUCCUAAAUGUGAAGAAUCGUUUCCCCAGAGUCACAUUUCACUUUCUACAAAUAGCUAUACUCACUGUGCAUGUGGAAAAGUCAUUGUCUGAGAUUUGUCCUCCCACUGUCUUACUUGUGUGACCACAUUGUUUGCUAUGCUGCCCAGCGUUUCUCCUUUCACAUGGCAGAGUUGUGAUGUGUCAUAAGUGUAGAUCCAGUCCAGAACGAAAGCAGACAAUUGGGUUUUAGAAAAGAUUUAUUUUCACUGAGUGAAACGAGCUCCGGCUAUUUUCUGAAUCAUUUUUGUUUCUAAUGAGAACAUAAAACGAAUUCUGAUGUUUAAAAUCUCAAAAGAAUCAUUUGUACCAUUUUAAGCGACUUGAUUUGCUAACUACUUAUUUUUUUAUGCAAAUGUUUUAAUGUUUUGCACCUUGUACCACACUUUACAAUCAUUUCAGAACCCACUGUAACACAGUCAUGCUAGCUCCAUUUAUUUUAGCCCCAAUGAGACUGAAAUGUGUCCGUAUCUGACUGUAUACAGUAGCUUUUACUUAAAUCAUAGGUUUUCCCCAACACUGAAUUAUUAGUGUAAUAAGUACAAACUGCUUUUCUAUCGAUUGUGAAUGACAUUAACUUUAGUGCUACUUUAGCUGUAGUGCUACUGCUGUGUGGAGUGCUCAACUUAUAUAAAUAUAUGAUGCUAUAAAGUGACCUUUUUAGUCUUUCAACUGAGGUGGACACUUUGAAUUUUAGUGUUGAAUUUUUAGAAGAAAUAAUUUCUAUUUUUAUAUGUGGAAAAAGGCAGUGGCAUGUACUGUAACAUAAAGGUAUAUACUUAAAGCUCUACUGAUUGUUGGUUCAGUCAUAUGAAACAUAAUAAAUGCUUGAAAAGAUUC